UCCCGCUUCUCCACAUAUCAGUCGCGCUUGGCUCUCCCUCCAUCUCCAUGGCCGACAAGAGAAAGCGCCGGCGAUCUGAACUCAAUCCAGACGGUGAAGUUCAACUUCCCUUCAAGAACAGUCUCAAAUCUGAUUCUAUCAUUCUUCAGAUUCUCAAAGAGUUCAGUGACUGCUCCACCGCCCCAUCUUCCUCUUCAUCUAAAACCCUCGACGACCUAGGCCUCUCCUCCUCCUGCCGCGAGGUCACCGAUCUUUCGCUUUCUUCCGUGCAGUCCACAAUUGAAGAUCUUAUCCUCAAAAUUGCUCGUUCCAUUCUUUCCGGCAAUGGUUUUGCAUUUGAUGUUCCUUCUCGAUCGGCGGCUAACCAAUUGUACGUUCCGGAGCUCGAUCGGAUCGUUUUGAAAGACAAAACUGCCAUCCGCCCCUACGCCAAUAUUUCCACUGUUCGGAAGUCCACCAUUACUACUCGCAUUCUUCAGCUUGUCCACCAACUUUGCAUAAAAAACAUCCAUGUGACCAAGCGAGAUCUGUUCUACACGGAUGUAAAGCUCUUCCAGGAUCAGACUCAGUCGGAUUCUGUGCUUGAUGAUGUUUCUUGCAUUCUCGGCUGUACUCGGUCGAGUCUCAAUGUGAUUGCUGCGGAGAAAGGAGUGGUUGUGGGAAGGCUCAUUUUCAGUGACAAUGGGGAUAUGAUCGAUUGCACUAAAAUGGGCAUGGGCGGAAAAGCGAUUCCGCCAAAUAUUGAUAGAGUUGGAGAUAUGCAGAGUGAUGCAUUGUUUAUCCUCUUAGUUGAGAAAGAUGCCGCGUAUAUUAGGUUAGCUGAGGAUAGGUUUUACAAUCGCUUUCCAUGUAUUAUUGUAACCGCUAAGGGACAACCAGAUGUGGCCACGAGAUUGUUCUUGAGGAAGAUGAAAAUGGAGCUGAAGCUCCCAGUGCUUGCGCUUGUAGACAGUGAUCCAUAUGGGUUGAAGAUUCUAUCUGUCUAUGGGUGUGGAUCAAAGAAUAUGUCUUAUGACAGUGCUAAUUUGACUACUCCUGAUAUCAAGUGGCUAGGAAUAAGGCCGAGUGAUUUGGAUAAAUAUAAUAUACCGGAGCAGUGCAGGUUACCUAUGACAGAGCAGGAUAUUAAGACUGGGAAAGAUCUGUUAGAGGAAGAUUUUGUUAAAAAGAAUCCAGGUUGGGUUGAAGAGCUCACUUUAAUGGUGAAGACGAAGCAGAAGGCUGAGAUUCAGGCAUUGAGCUCAUUCGGGUUUCAGUAUCUGUCGGAGGUUUAUUUGCCAUUGAAGCUGCAGCAGAAGGAUUGGCUGUGACCUAAUAGUUUGUUAGUGUGUGUUGUAAUCAAUUGUUGAAUUUCUGUUGCAACAUUAGGAAAGUUGAGCAAUGAUCAGAUAAUGUUAUCUCUGACCGAACCAUAUUCCGCUUUCAAAGGUUCUAACAUGUGAGGUGGGCAUUUGAAACUCUAAUUUGGAACAAUAUCUUUAUGUGAGAUCCCAUGUUGGUUGGAGAAAGGAACAAAUCAUUCCUUAUAAAGGUGUAAAAACCUCUCCCUAGUAGACGCGUUUUAAAAUUGUGAGGCUGACGGUGAUACAUAACGAGCCAAAGCAGACAAUAUUUACUAGCGGUGGACUUGGGCUGUUAUACUUUAUGAAGGGUGUAUUAUCAAUGAAUGAUGAUUAAGAUUUUCAUUUUGUGUUUACAUCAUAUCAUACAUACAGGGACAUUACUUAUGCUGCUUUGCAAAGAGAAAAGGUAACUACAAGAUAUAGCACAUAAUCAUUAUAUCUUUAACACAAAAUCAUCCUGGGGUAUUGAACACCUAUCUUCUACUAUCACUUAUUUCUUUGCAGCCAGUCUUGCAGUGAUUUCCUUGUGCCUUACAGCUUCUGUACAUCUGCUGGCCUCCUAGUGGAGUACUUAAUCCUUCCAAUAAUUCUUUUCAACUUUGUAUAUGACAUGUUAGAGCUUUCUGGUGUUCCUCCUGCAGGAAAAACCUCGAGCCCAAAUUCGUCUUUCAAGAGUUCAGGUAUUGCAUCUCUCACCUCGAAGUUGUAUUGAACUAAAUCUGUUUCAAUUUUACUGAUUCUGCUGCAGCCAAGAUGAAAAUGUAACCAUUCCUAAAGGGUAAUGGGCGCAGCUAUGUUCCUCUUUGUGAAUUAGCAUAGUAGUUCAGUACUAUUUGUUUAAAUCCAUUAAAGCAAAGCUUGGAGUGGGAGAGAAUAAGAUCUAUCCAUACAAGUAUGGUAGUAGACAUAUAUUUUUUCUCAGGAAUAUGUCAAUACCUUGUGCAUAAUUUUCCUUGAUCAUUCGCAGAACUGCAAGAACGUUUAUUUGAGCUUCCACCUGAUGAAUACAGUAAAUGCUUACUCUCAUGCAGGUGGCUUGACUUGUAUGAGUAGAGCGUUCUCUAAAGGCUCUAAAUAUCAUGAACUUGUCUAAGUCAAACUCUGAUUGUUGCGGGAGAAGGUUCCGGUAAGCUCGUCGCUGUUCUCGAAAUUGCAAAUAUCAAAUGUUAGUUUGCGAGGAAUAAUGGAUGAACCAGUUGUUGAUGCUAUUUUGCUUGCAAGGCUUUUGGUAAGACUCUACUCUUUAAUGUAAAUUCAAUUCAAAUUCAACAAAUUGUGCCUAAGAAAACCAUGUAAUUGAUAUAUUGUAAGGAAAUUCAAAGUGUUUGUGGGCGAGCUAGUUGUUGAUGCAA